AUGGAAACCUUCGGCAUCCUCGCCACCCUCUCCGUCUGCCUCCUCGGCGGCAUCUACUGGUUCGUCUGCCUCCUGGGCUCCGCCGAGCAGAAGGGCAAGCACGCCGCCCAGCUCUCCGGCGGCUCGAUCUCCGCCGAGAAAGUCCAGGACAAGUACCAGCAGUACUGGUCCUUCUUCCGCACUCCUUCACAGAUCGCGACCGCCGAGAAGGUCCCCGCAUUCGUCGACACGUUCUACAACCUCGUCACCGACAUCUACGAAUGGGGUUGGGGCCAAUCUUUCCACUUCUCGCCUUCCCUGCCGGGGAAAUCCCACCGCGAUACCACCCGCAUCCACGAGGAAUUCGCCGUCGAUCAGCUCAAAAUCAAGCCCGGGAGCCGGAUCCUCGACGCCGGGUGCGGAGUCGGCGGCCCGAUGCGCGCGAUUGCGGCGCAUUCCGGCGCGAAAGUGGUCGGGAUCACGAUCAAUGAGUAUCAGGUGAAAAGGGCUCGCGACCACAACAGAAAAGCCGGGCUCGAUUCGCUUUGCGAGGUCGUCUGCGGCAAUUUCCUGAAGAUGCCGUUCGAGGAUGCGAGCUUCGAUGGGGCGUACUCGAUCGAGGCGACCUGCCACGCCCCCAAGCUCGAGGAGGUAUACUCCGAGAUUUUUAGGGUUUUGAAGCCUGGAUCGAUGUAUGUUUCGUACGAGUGGGUGACCACUGAUCUGUACAAAUCGGAGGAUCCUGUCCAUGUGGAGAUAAUUGAAGGGAUUGAGAGAGGGGAUGCGCUGCCAGGGCUUAGGAGGUACAACGACAUUGCAGAGACGGCGAUGAAAGUUGGGUUUGAGGUGGUGCAGGAGAAGGAUUUGGCGAGGCCGCCGGCGGGGCCGUGGUGGUCGAGGUUGAAGAUGGGGAGAAUUGCUUACUGGAGGAACCACAUUUUGGUGACUGCACUUUCUUGGAUAGGGAUUGCCCCCAAAGGUGUGGUGGAUGUUCAUGAGAUGCUGUUCCACACUGCAGAUUACUUGACUAGAGGUGGAGAAACUGGCAUCUUCACUCCUAUGCAUAUGAUUGUCUGCAAAAAGCCAGAGGCUUAA